CGCGGUCCAUUCAGCAGCGAGUGAGUUUGGUAAUGGGGGAAUCCUACCCGGUCCGAAUGGUGUCCCGGAAAACGUUCCACAUUCUGGGCAUUGCGUACGCCAUUCUGGCCAUCGUGGUGUCGCACUUUUUCGCGCUGGCUGGGCUGAUCAGGGUGUGCUAUCCGGACGAUGGCCAACUGCUACAGCUGGAGAAGAACGGUGACGAAGAACUGGACGACGAUGAUGACUACCCGGUGAGCCGAGUGGACUACAACUUUGUGCUUCACCUGACGCAGAGCAUUUUGUCGUCGGUGGCGGGGGUGGUGCUGAUCGUUGGGAUUGUGAAGGAAAAGACAACCCUGGUACUGGCGUACAGAAUGUACUACAUUGUGAUAUCAACGAUUGGUCUCAUCAUUUUCCUGAUCGUGCAGAUUGUUGACAUGGUCAACUAUGACUUACCAAUGCCCGAAACGAUAUUCAUUCUGUUUGUUAAACUUGUUCUGAUGUUUGUGGUUUACUACCUUAUUCUGUGGAUUCUGGACGGAGUGGUCGAGUACAUCGAGGGAGAUCGCGGGACGAUUGACCGAGAAUCGGCACCGCAAGGAAUCUUCAAGAUCACGCUGGGGGACGACCAGAAGACAGUUCUUCAGAUGUAGCCUGUAACACAGUCAACCAACUCCGCAGCCAUAGCUUUUUCAUCGCAAAUACCUCAAACUCAACUUAGCAAUAGCAACAACGACCGUAGAAGCCACGUGUUGAUCCGUUUUGUUUCAACUUUCGAUGGAAUCAAUAGUUUCUGGAGAAAACAACAACCACAACUUAACAAAAACACGCACGCACAAUCUGUUUGUCUGAGCAAAGCUUUUCACGGCCCCAUUGAAAGUGUGUGAACAGGAAAUGAGAUUAAUCA